UUGAUCAAUGACUCUCACCCUACAUACCCUGCAUGACUUCACUCUCCUCUUCCAUUCACCUCCCAUUGAACUCGUAUUCACCUCUCAUCCAGCAUGGCCUCGUCCUAAACGAUCCAUCCCACAAAGGCCACUGCAGAUUUCCGUUCUCGAUGCAUCGUUCAAUCCCCCUACAAUCGCCCACCUCGCUCUGGCAAACGCCAGAAGGCCUCGUUAUCGUUCCAUCGAAGAAUCAAAUGGACACGACUAUGAUGCUAAACUGUUGCUACUAUCCGUUAGAAACGCCGAUAAGCAACUGAAAUCUACGGACGCAACACAUGCCCAAAGGCUAGAAAUGAUGAUUAGGUUUGCACAAGAACUCGUUACUGUUGAUGAAGCGCCAAAGAAAUAUGAGAAUGUUGCAGUCGCGAUAAUUGGCGAGCCCACAUUUGUGGGCAAAUCUCAUCUUUUGCAAAGGUUUCUCAAGGAGCGCACGAAUAAUCAAGAAGAGUUCCGUUUAACGUUUCUGCUCGGUUUCGACACAUUGGAGCGAUUCUUUGCACCGCGUUAUUACACGAGCAGUGCUUCGUUCGACAUCUUAGAAGCCAAACAGCAGAUGUAUACUUCCCUUGAGGGCUUUUUCGCGCCUCACGGGGACAACUCUCGUAUAGUGUGUGCGCGUCGUAGUCCAUCUUCAUAUCCCCAAUCGACAGCCUCUCAAUCGCCUAGUAAAAUACCGGAAAGUCUGUCUCAAGAAGAUCCCCCGUUUGAUCCUACGAUACCAUACCCCCUCUCAUCAACUAUUCGGGACUUCUUCAGAUCUCGUUCUCUCACAUUUGAACUUGUCAAAAUGAUUGACCUCGGAGAAGAAGUUUGGGCAGUCAGUUCCAGCGAUGUGCGUAAUGCUAUCAUGCAGCGCGACGGACGAUGGAAAGCAUUAACACCACCACUGGUGAAGGAGUUUAUCGAGAUCCGGAAUCUUUACUGUUCAUAACUGAUUUGUAUUCUGUGAUCCUCCCAUCUCCGGAGUUGGGGAUUGUUAACUAGGAAACAUCGAACUCUCCCGGCAUACAU